UCUCUCUCUCUAACAACUUUUGUUUAGCAGUGUCCUAAGAAACCAUGUUUGAAUUCGAUUCCACACUGGACCUGAUUCACUAUAUUGUUUCAAACAACCUAUUCAUCUUCUGUUUUUGCAACUUGAUCGUAGUGAUCAUCCUUAUGUGCUCAAAUAAAACCGGUCGAGAAAGACAGAGCUCAGAAUCAGUGGUCAAGAAACAAAGUAGAAGUGGAAAUGGAAGAAGGUACGAGGAGAGCAAGUCUUGCGUGGGAGUCAGUAAAGGGUUGAUAAAUGCUGAGAAAGGAGAGGAUGAAAACGACAGAGCCGACAGAGCCAAUGAUGAGGAAAACGACAAAAAGGAUGAUAAAGAUGAGGAUGAACUGAGGAAAAGAGUGGAAGAGUUUAUUGAAAAAGUGAACAAAGAAUGGAAGACAGAGAUGUGGAGAACAUGAUCAUGUAUAGGCCAGGGGCAGGGUCUAUGGGUGGGUCAUAUGAGACUUUAAUGAGCCCUUUCACCAUGUAAUCUACAAAAAAGUUUUUCCUUUUUUAUUUUCUUUUGUUUUUUUUAAGUCUGACAGGAGAGUCAGAGUACUCCGAAUAGAGGAGCUAAUGUUUCCAGAAUGUCUGGAUUCUGGACCAUGUAAAUUCCCCACUUAUUAAGUUAAUGGGAUUGUAAUUAAAUGGCAUCAGUUUUGACUUGAAUUUCGGU